CAUUUCAGUUGCUUUCAAACAGGCAGCGCAAACGGUUCGUUUCUUCGGUCAGCAAAUUAUCUGAAGAUAGAGAGUAUCUAGACAAAACGAUGCGCGUGCGCCGUGCGAAUUUCGCCAGGUUUUGAAACAGUUGAAAACAGUGAAUGAAAAACCAGACAACAAACUAAAUAAACAUCAAAAAGUGUCCCAGUGAAACAAACGUUGAAAAACUAAAGCAAAGAAAUUGAACUUGCCAAUUGAAACACUUUUGGAUUAGUUUCAAGCCAAGUGAAGAGCAGACAAAAUGGUACGCAGCCUGGCCCAGUGGACCAAGACGCUGAGCUUUCCCUCGCGCCUGUCACCGAAUCGCAAUUCCAAGGAUUGCUCCACAUUGGCCAGCCCCGUGCCGCCGCCAACGCCGCCGCGCAACAAGACGCACAACCAUUGUGCCACCUCGAGGUCCUCCUCGUCGACAGUGUCCUCGUCGCACUCCUCGUCGGCAAAUUCACACAGCUCUCCGACGCCUGGAAGCAAUGGCAACAGCAACAACAACAAUAUGCCCAUAACGGAACUGGAACAGAUUAUCUAUCCCGGUCCCGAUCCCAAGCACAUUAUGGGCUCCCUUGUGUUUUGUAUCCACCACAAACAGGGCUGCAAGUGGUCCGAUGAGCUGCGCAAGCUCAAGGGACAUCUGAAUGCCUGCAAGCACGAUGCCACACAGUGCCCCAACAAGUGUGGCGCUCAGAUACCACGCAUCAUGAUGACCGACCAUCUGCAGUACACCUGCACCAUGAGGCGCACCCGCUGCGAGUUCUGCCAGAGCGAGUUCUCGGGCGCUGGGCUGGAGGAGCACAACGGCAGCUGCGGCCAGGAGCCGGUCUACUGUGAGGCCAAGUGCGGACAGCGGAUCCUCCGCGGACGCAUGACCCUGCACAAGUCGAAGGACUGUGCCAAGCGUCUGCGUCGCUGUGCCCACUGCCAGCGGGAGUUCUCGGCGGAUACGCUGCCCCUUCACGCUGCCCAAUGCCCGAGGGCUCCUUUGGCCUGUCCGCAGCGCUGCGAUGCGGGUCCGAUUGCACGCGGAGAGCUGGAGGCGCAUCUUCGCGAUGAGUGCCAGUCGCUGGCGGUGUCCUGCAGCUUCAAGGAGGCUGGCUGCCGCUUCAAGGGCCCCCGCCAGAUGCUGGAGGCGCACCUGGAGAGCAAUGCGGCGGCUCACCUAUCGCUGAUGGUGGCGCUCAGCUCGCGUCAGGGUCAGCAGAUCCAAAUGCUCAAGUCGGCAGUGUCCAAGCUGUCCAUCAACUACACGGGCACGCUGCUGUGGAAGAUCACCGAUUGGUCGGCCAAAAUGACAGAGGCACGCGGCAAGGAUGGCCUCGAGCUGGUCUCGCCACCCUUCUACACCUCCCAGUACGGCUACAAGCUGCAGGCCUCCAUGUUCCUCAACGGCAACGGCCCCGGCGAGAACACACACGUCUCCGUGUACAUCAAGGUGCUGCCCGGCGAGUACGAUGCGCUGCUCAAGUGGCCCUUCUCCCACUCCAUCACCUUCACGCUGUUCGAGCAGGGCGCCCAGAGCGGCCAGGGCGGCGUGGCCGAGUCCUUUGUGCCCGAUCCCACAUGGGAGAACUUUCAGCGACCCUCCAAUGAGCCCGAUCAGCUGGGCUUUGGCUUUCCCCGCUUCAUCUCGCACGAACUGCUGCACAGUCGACCUUUUAUCAAGGACAAUACGGUGUUUCUGCGUGUCAAAGUGGAUCCCAGCAAGAUUGUGGCAGUGUAGAUAGAGAAUCCCCCUACCAUUGCUUAGUUCUAAACGUUUACUCGACUUACGUAAAUACUGUGUAUUUAAAUUUAUGAGUAAAAGCCCAAGCAACCGCUCCACCCGUACAGCUUCGGGCAGCAGUUGGCUGGCAAAGUGCCAACUGGCCUUGGAAUGCUGUCUCCCCCCUGCCCACUCCCCUGCGCAUUAGUCAUACUUCAGAUAUGCUGGAAUUAAACCAAAGCAUACAGAAUACAUCUAACUAUCUUUAACUAGGAUUUAAUUAAGCAAAAACCCCUCUAGCCCAGCCUUAAGCGUACGCCUAAGUUUGUCUUUUAAGUCUUUUGUUUAGAGUUUUGUAAUUUUUUCGCGCGCGCAUUGCGAACACUUUCAAAAGAUCUUCAAACUAGAAACGUACGCACAAAUCUAAUUUAGUUAGUGUUUAAGUUGCAUGUACAUAGCAUAACCACGCCGCAGCACUAGUUUUAGUUGUAGCAACUAAGCCAAAAUGCAUUAGUCAUUAGUAACAUGAACUUUCAGCUUAGUCAGAGAUAAGUUUUGUGUCUUGCAGAAAUCUUAGAAGUCAAAAAUACAAUCAAAUAAAAUCAACAAUUCGAAGAAAA